AUGGCAAACCCCAUCAGCGGCAGCUCCUAUGGGGUGUUUCUGGUGGCUGGAGGGCCGGUCGUUGAGCCUCUCCGGCCUCAUAAAAUGGGCGGCACCAUGUACAACACAGGGAAGCACGUGUCCCUGCGGCCGGACAAAGCCCACCUGGUCAACAUCUCCGGGGGCCCCCUGGGCUACAGCUACCGGCUGGAGGAGGUCCGCCUCCAUUUCGGGAGCGAGGACUCCCACGGCUCCGAGCACCUCCUCAACGGACAGGGCUUUCCCGGAGAGGUCCAGUUGAUCCAUUAUAACCAGGAUCUAUACGCCAACUACAGCGAGGCUGCCAAGAACCCUCACGGCAUUGCAGUGGUCUCCAUCUUCAUAAAGAUCUCUGAACACUCUAAUCCCUUCCUCAACCGCAUGCUGAAUAGAGACACCAUCACCAGAAUCAACUACAAACAUGAUGCCUUCCUAUUAAUGGGCCUGAACAUCGCCGACCUUUACCCUGACACCACCCGCUACAUCACCUACGAGGGCUCCAUCACCAUCCCCCCCUGCUACGAGACCUCCACGUGGAUCCUCAUCAACAAGCCGGUCUACGUGACGCAGAUGCAGAACGAGCCCUACAAGAUAUUCCUGAGCAUGAGCGACAACACGCGGCCCGCCCAGCCGCUGCUGCAGCGCUGCAUCCGGACCAACAUCAACUUCAGCAAGCAGGGCCGCGACUGCCCCAACAACCGCACCCUCCGGCCCCAGUACAGAGCGAUUCGAAUGACUCUUUUAUCCGUUUAG